CAAAGGUCAUUAUAACAGACAUUGAUGGAAAUUUAAUUGAUAAUAUUUUGAUUGAAUGUAAAGUAACUGGAAAUGGUAAUGAAAAGAAAGAAGAUGAGAAUGGUUUGACAGUAUUUGAAGAAGUGACGGAUGAAUAA